CGUACUGCACUGCCAAAUCUUUGCCCGGCCGGCCAUCGUCUCGCUCGCUGCACAGAUCGCCGGUAUCCAUGGAGGCCACUUUGGUGAGCGCAGCCACGGGGGUCCUGAAAUCCGUCCUGGGGAAGCUGGCUUCUCUGCUAGGCGAGGAAUACAAGCGUUUCAAGGGUGUGCGCGGCGAGAUCGAAUCCCUCACACAUGAGCUCGCAGCAAUGGACACGUUCCUUCUGAAGAUGUCGGAGGAGGAGGACCCCGAUCCACAAGAUAAAGCCUGGAUGAACGAGGUGCGAGAGCUGUCCUACGACAUGGAAGACUCCAUCAACGACUUCAUGAAACAUGCCGAUGACCACCAAGACACUAAUGGCUUCAUGGAGAAGAUCAAGAGCUCGCUGGGGAAGAUGAAGGCUCGCUAUCGGGUUGGCAAGGAGAUCCAAGAUUUCAACAAACAGAUCACCAAGAUGGGCAAGAGAAAUGCAAGGUACAAGACCCGUGAGGCCUUCUCCAGGACCAUUAGUGCAACGGUUGACCCUAGAGCUCUUGCAAUAUUUGAGCAUGCGUCCAAGCUCGUCGGAAUCGAUGGACCGAAAGCCGAGAUGAUCAAAUUGUUGGCACAAGAGGAUGGAUCUGCAGCAACAAAAGAGCAACUGAAGCUGGUCUCCAUCGUUGGAUCUGGAGGGAUGGGCAAGACCACUCUUGCAAACCAGGUGUAUCAAGAGCUCAAAGGGCAGUUCGAGUGUCGAGCUUUCCUAUCCGUGUCGCGAAAUCCAAACAUGAUGAAUAUACUAAGAACUAUUCUUAGUGAAGUUAGUGGUCAAGGUUACGCUGACACGGAAGCAGGGAGCAUACAAGAACUCCUUGGCAAGAUCAGUGAUUUCCUAGCAGACAAAAGGUAUUUUAUUGCGAUUGACGAUAUAUGGGGCGUGGAAACAUGGAAUGUUAUUAAGUGUGCAUUCCCCUUGAACAGUUGUGGCAGCAGAAUAAUCACCACUACUCGUAUAAAUGUUGUUGCUGAAUCAUGCCGUUCAUCCUUUAAUGGCGAUAUUUACCAUAUAAGGUGUCUUAAUAUGGUGCAUUCUAGACAAUUAUUUAACACAAGGCUAUUUGACUCCGGAGAAGACUGUCCUUAUUACCUUCAAGAUGUUUGUGAGCAGAUCUUGGAAAAAUGUAACGGCUUACCUUUGGCGAUCAUUGCUAUAUCUGGUUUGUUGGCUAACACAGAAAGAACAGAGCAUCUGUGGAAUCUGGUGAAAGAUUCAAUUGGCCGUGCACUUGAAAGAAAUACUAGCGUUGAAGGAAUGAUGAAGAUAUUGUCACUUAGUUACUUCGAUCUGCCUCCUCAUCUAAAAACUUGUCUGUUAUAUCUGAGCAUAUUUCCGGAAGAUUCUAUUAUUAAGAAAAAAGUGCUGAUAAGGAGAUGGAUUGUUGAAGGAUUCGUUCAGAAACAAGGCAGAUAUACAGUAGAUGAGAUAGGAGAGAGGUGUUUUAAUGAGCUCCUCAAUAGGAGUUUGAUCCAACCUGUGAAGAAGGAUGGAUUUGGUUGGGCGAAGGAGGCUUGUCGAGUUCAUGACACUAUUCUUGAUUUCAUCAUAUCGAAGUCCAUCGAAGAGAAAUUUGUUACUUUGGUUGGCAUCCCUAAUCUACCUGCAGUUGGGACACAUGGCAAAGUCCGUCGGCUUUCUAUACAAGUCAGCAAACAAGGAAACCCUUUCAUAUCGACAGGCCUGGAAUUGUCCCAUGUCCGAUCACUUAAUGUGUUUGGGGAUUCCGUGGAGAUCCCUUCUCUGGAUAAGUUCAGGCAUUUGCGUGUUCUGAACUUUGGAGGUUGCAGCCAAUUGGAAGACCGUCAUCUUGUAAAUAUAGGGAGGUUGUUUCAGCUGAGGUACCUGAAGCUCAAAAGGACAGGAAUAAGUGAGCUCCCGGAAGAGAUCGGAAAUGUAAAGUGCUUAGAGUUGCUGGACAUAAGAGAAACAAAAGUGCGUGAAUUACCAACAGCUAUUGUUAGCCUCAGAAAUUUGUCGUAUCUACUUGUUGGCAUGGAUGUUAAAUUUCCUGGUGGAAUUGCAAAGAUGCAAGCACUGGAGGUAUUGAAACGGGUCAGCGUCCUCAAGCAUCCAUUUGACCCGCGAGACCUUGGACAACUAAAGAAUCUGAGGAAGCUGUACCUUUACUUUGAACCUUAUGAUGACGAUGGGGUUACAACUAUAGUCGAGGAAUGCCAUAAAGAUGUUGCCUCUUCUCUUCGUAACCUAGGCAAUCAGAGUCUUCGCUCUCUGACUAUUUGGGAUAGGAGCAGCUUCUUACAGCACGAGGGACCUUUGUGCCCUGUGCCACUUACCCUCCAAAAACUUAAGAUUCAUGGGUUCUCAUUCUCAACUCUCCCGCAUGUCCCGAAAUGGAUGGGCUCCCUCGCGAACCUCCAAAAGUUACUCCUUGAUGUGGAUGAUGGAGUCAGGCAGGAAGAUCUGUGCAUUCUUGGAGCCUUACCCUCUCUGCUCAUUCUCAUUCUCAUCGUUUGGCUGCCAGAUCAAAGAACAAGGUCUAAUAAAGUAAAUCUCAUAGUCAGUGCUGAGCUUGGGUUCCCAUGCUUGAGGCAGUUCUCUUAUCGUAUAGCUCUUGGACUUGCCCCGGGUCCGGUGUUUGUGGCAGGAUCCAUGCCCAAGCUAGAAGAACUAGAGAUUUGUUACAAAGUGGAGGAGGAGCUGCCUGUCACUGCUAGUGGUGCUUUUGAUACUAUCGGAAUUGAAAACCUCCGCUGCCUCAUUACUCUCAAAUGUGGAGUAAUCAGCAGCAGUGAUAAGGUGGCAGAGGAUGCAAAGGCGGCUAUGGAGAGAGCAGCCAGCACUCAUCCCAACCAUCCUACCCCACUCUUUGAACAUCGAAUGAUUUAGUAACAUGCAUGUAAACAUAUAUAC